AUGAUACUGACUACAAACAAUAUUUUUGUUCCACAUUGUCUUGCCUUAAAUGUAACAUGUAAAUCUAGGCCAACUGUUUAUGUUAGAAGUUUAUCCACUCGGGCUCCAGAAGUAUUAGUGUCUGAACCAUUAAGUCAUCAAGUUGUUGAAAAUAAGACAAAGGAAAAUCAAUUUGAAAAUCUAGAAGCGUUGUGGGAGGAUGGCUAUGGGAGUCAAAGUAAAGAAGACUUUUAUAAAUUAGCCAAGGAGUUCAGUAAACCUGAUGGAGGACCGCCACGAUGGUUUUGUCCUGUUUCAUGUGGUAGACAGUUCAAUGAUUCACCGGUUCUUUUGUACUUGCCGGGUUUGGAUGGUCUUGGAUUGGGACUCAUGUUGCAUGAGAAAGCUCUCGGGAAAUUUUUUGAAGUUCGAUCUUUGCAUAUUCCCGUCCAAGAUAGAACACCACUUGAAGAUUUGAUUCAGUUGGUUGAAGAAAGUGUGAGAUUUGAGCAUUCUGCAUCUUCGAAAAAGCCUAUUUAUCUGGUUGGAGAUUCCUUUGGAGGAUGUUUAGCUCUUGCAGUUGCUGCUCGUAAUCCUACAAUAGACCUAGUAAUUAUACUAGUAAAUCCAGCAACAUCUUUUGAGAGGUCACGAUUGCCAACUUUACUUUUCCUUUUCGAGGCUCUGCCUAAUAUAUUCCAUGGUGCCUUAAGUGCUAUCUACCUAUCUGCAAUACGAGAUAUAGGUGAUCUAUUAACAAAAGACACGCUUAUUUGGAGAUUAAAGCUAUUUCAGUCAGCUGCGACUUAUGCUAAUUCUUAUCUUCAUGCCAUUACGGCUGAAAUAUUGGUGUUGGCCAGUAAUAGAGAUAAGCUCCUCCCUAGUAAAGAUGAGGCGCAAAAGCUUGCAAAAUCAUUACAGAAUUGCAGAAUAUGUAUCUUAAAAGGCAACCAUCACCAACCCCUAUUGGAAAGUGAUUAUAAGUUAAUGACGAUAAUUAAAGGUUCUACAAAGUACCGUCGUUCCUCAAGUCAUGAUUUGGUCAAGGACUAUAUACCUCCCAGUAUGUCAGAGUAUAAAAAGGAAUCUGAAGGACACUGGUUGUACCAAGUUGCUACCAGUCCGGUAAUGCUUUCAACUUUGGAAGAUGGAACAAUAGUGAGUGGAUUGACCGGGAUUCCAAAUGAUGGCCCUGUAUUGUUUGUUGGUAAUCACAUGCUCAUGGGGCUCGAUCUUUUUAUACUGUAUCUACAGUUUUUGAAAGAAAAACACAAAAUGCUACGUGGGCUAGGCCACCCACAAAAUCUUACACUUGAUAACGACUCUGGGAUACCACACCUUUCCAUUUGGUUUAGAGUAUUUGGAUUAUUGCCUGUCACUGCAAUCAAUAUGUUCAAACUGUUAUCUGCUGAUUCAUACAUAUUGCUUUAUCCUGGUGGCUCACGAGAGGCCCUCCACCGUAAGGGUGAAGUUCACAAGAUAUUUUGGCCUGAAAAACAAGAAUUUGUGAGGAUGGCAGCAAAAUUUGGGGCAACUAUCAUACCUUUUGGAUCCAUUGGCGAAGAUGAUAUAUCAGAAAUGAUCGCAGAUUAUGACGAUAUGAUGAAAAUUCCUGGAGUCAAUACCUAUUUAGAGGAGCUUAAUGAACAAAUGGUUCAGUUAAGGCAAGCUGAAGAGGGGGAGGUUGCUAACCAACCAGCUCAUUUUCCAUUUGUUUUGCCAAAAAUACCUGGCCGGUUUUAUUAUCUAUUUGGAAAACCUAUAAAAACAAAGGGAAUGGAGAAGAUUCUGAAUGACAAAGAAAUUUCACAAGCAAUGUACUUGCUAAUAAAAAGUGAGGUUGAAAAGAAUAUUGCUUAUUUAAUAAGGAAGCGCGAGGAAGAUCCUUAUCGAAGUUUUCUCAAAAGAGUUGUUUAUCAGGCAAAAACUAAUACUCCUUGGGACAAAGUUCCUACAUUUGAAAUAUAAAGAAUUUUCUCACAUUGUAUUUCGUAAGUGUGCCACAUAUGAACGUGAAUUAUUCACUGUAUAUAUUUGAUUAUAAAUGUUCUUUUUUAGUUGCU